AUGUUCCACAAAUUCAAGAUACAGCCAAUCUAUCUACUUACAGCUCUCCAUGACGAUGUAAAAAGGAAAUGGAAUGUAGAUGUCAGUUUUAGGCAACUGUAUAGGGCUAAGGUGAAAGCUAAAGAAUUUAUAGAAGGUAAGCACAAAGAGCAGUACAAGCGGCUAUGGGAUUAUUGUGCAACGGUUAGGCAAACAAAUAGAGGGAGUACAAUGCUGAUGAAAGUUGAACGACCUACUUUAGAUGUCCCACCUACUUUUCUACGGUUGUAAAUGUCUUUGGCAGCAUGCAAAGACGGUUUCAGACAGGCUUGUAGGCCUGUGAUAGGUGUGGAUGGAUGCUUUCUCAAGGGACGCUAUGGGGGGCAACUGUUGGCUGCUGUUGGGAGAGAUCCCAAUGACAACAUUUAUCCCAUUGCCAUGGCUGUGGUUGAAGCUGAAAAUAAGGACAGUUGGAGUUGGUUUCUAGAGACAUUGGUGGCUGACCUUGGUCCAAAUGGAAGUAAUGGGUGGACAUUCAUCUCUGAUAGGCAAAAGGGUUUGAUUUCUAGUUUCGAGGAUGUGCUGCCAACCGCCCCGCAUCGCAUAUGUCUGAGACAUUUAUAUGCGAACUUUAGGGGUGAUGGGCAUAAAGGAUUGGUUUUGAAGGAUAAGUUGUGGAAGGCAGCUUCGGCCUAUAAUAUUCAUGGAUUUGACCGAGAAAUGGCUGCGAUGAAGAGGAUGAUUCUAGCUGCACAUGCUUACUUGGAGAAGAUUGACCCACAUACCUGGGCUAGGGCUUAUUUCGACGUAGGCCCGAAGUGCGAUUUGGUAAUGAACAACCUCUAUGAGUGCUUCAAUUCGUAUAUUAUCAAAGCACGGGACAAGCCAAUCCUUACCAUGCUAGAGAUGAUCAGGAAGAAGUUGAUGAGGUGGUACCAGAAGAAAAGGCAGGGAAUUAGGGAGUAUGUUGGGGAAUGGUGCCCGAAGAUAGUGGCGAAGUUGGAACAAUGUGGAAAGGAUGAUGUAGAGUGCAUUGCACAUUAUGCUGGGGAUGGACUAUACGAAGUUGAGUGCAGUUAUUGCACAUUUGUCGUCGACCUGGCGCAUCGUACGUGUGGGUGCAUGCAGUGGGACAUGACUGGCAUUCCAUGCCCACAUGCCAUCUCAGCCAUCUUACAUAACUCAUCCAAGCCUGAGCAGUACUUGCAUCAGUAUUACAGUGUCGAAAAUUACAGGAAGGCAUACGACCCAAUGAUAUACCCAGUGCCAAGCGAGGACCAAUGGAUAAGAACCGGCCAAGAUGAAGUGGACCCACCUAUUGUUAGACGUACCCCAGGAAGGCCAAAGAAGAUUAGGAGAAAGGGUCCAGAGGAGCCAAAAAAAUCCAUAUUGCAUGAGGAAAGGUGGUGUAAUCAUGAGAUGCUUGAAGUGCAGAGCAGUUGGCCACAACGCCAGGACUUGCACUAGGAGGAAGAUAGUGUCCACUCGUAGUAGCUCAGGAAUGCCUUCUCAGCCAGUUCCUGAUGCUUCAUAGCCUACACAGUCGUCCGCAUCUGCACUACCUAUUUCAAGGCCCAAAAGGAGACAUGCAUAUACUACUGUUGGUCCUGCUUCUACCAAAAAGAGUAAGACAACUCCAGCUCCCUCAAUGCAGCCUGCUUCUACCAAAAGGAGUAAGACAACUCCAGCUCCCUCGGUGCAGCCUGCUCCAGCUCCCUCAGUGCAUACUCGGGCAUCACUUAAAGGAAACCAAACAGCUGUUCGGAAGCCCACAACUGCCCACGUUGGACCUCGCAGGAGGUCUGGUAGAUUGUUAGCAACAUUUAAGGAGUCCAAUCCAAACAAAGAGAUACCAACUGUUGACCUCACAAGUGAUGCUGGUCAACCAGUAACCGCACCAGCAGUGUUCAAUCGACAACCGGCCAGGGCAGGCGGAGUUUUCAUUCGGGAACCAGCAAGAAAUGCAACAAGAGUGGUGGUACCAACAAUGGAGAAGGGUAUGCAACGAGUAGAAGCAAAAGACAAGGGAAAAAGACCAAUAUGGCAGCCUUGAUGGGUUUUUGGAGACUGUCUUUGCUUGAUGUAUCAGUUUGUAUUAUUGUUGGUUGUUGGAAGUAUGGAAGGAAAAGGACUAUUUCUGGUUUUUUGUACAAGUUGUUGGUAAUAUGCAGGAACAAUUUGUAGUCGUACUUGGACAAAACUUGAUUAUGUUGGUUUUUUGUAUUGGACAAAACUUGAUUAUGUUGGUUUUUUGUACUUG